AUGAUCACUUUGACACUUCGAGACCGUACUUUUAUCGUUGAAAUGUACGUCUCCUGACCGGUCGAUUUCAUAUUUUUCUCUCUUCUUCUACUACCUCGCCACUGAUAAAUACCAUCGAUUCGCCCCAUUCAUUCCUAUCGGAUUGCUGCAAAGAAUUCAAAAUAAAGUCCACUGUGACAUGUUUCGCCGCUCUUUUCCUUCUGGAAAUUUCCGUCUUUCCAGUAUUUUCAGCAGACACGUCACCUUAUGAAUUUCAUGUAAGUCAUCGCGUUUUUAGGUGUUUUUACGCGCGUUUUUUGAAGAUUUUGAAUCCGAAAUGGCACGAAAUGGAGUUUGUCUUUGUGGCGGUCCUCUGGAUUUUGGCUACUUGUGCUUGCAAAAUAGGUUAGUACCGUUUUUCCCGAAAAAAAAUGUCGACGAUAACGCGCCCGGGUUCAAUCCCCGGUACGGCACAUUCCCUUUUGCCUUUUUUUCAGUGUUCACAAAGAUCAAAAAACAGAAUGAGUGGAUCAACACAGUCCCGGAGUCUGCGCUUCAAAUCCUUCUCGGUCUUCUGCUCGCCCUCCUCUUCUACUGGACUCGCCUGGAUGUCAAGUUUUUCGUCUUCGAUGCUCACACCUUUUUCGCGUUUCUCCUGCCGCCCAUCAUCUUCGACGCCGGCUAUUUUAUGCCGAAUCGCGAGUUGUUCGGCAAUUUCGACGGAAUUAUGAUGUUCGCGGUCGUCGGGACCGUUUUCAACACGUUCGCGAUCGGAAUCUGUCUGGCGGUUCUCAAUGAGCUCAAAUGGUUUUCCGUCGAAACGAGCACCUCCGAAAUGCUCCUUUUCGCCUCGUUGAUUUCGGCUGUCGAUCCGGUGAGUUCAAAAAUGAUGGAAAUGGAUAUUAUUUUCAAGAAAAAGCGAACAAAACACUGCAAAAACGUAUUAACCGAAAAGACACACGGUUACUUUCAGGUGGCAGUGAUUGCCGUUUUCGAGGAGAUGCACGUGAACAAGCCGUUGUUUGUCACCGCCUUCGGAGAAGCCCUUUUCAACGACGCGAUAUCCGUCGUCCUUUUUGGCAUCUUCAAAUCCUUCGCCUCCACGUCAACAGACUCUGUGAGCACUUUCUGGGACUAUUUCCUCGGAAUUCUCGCCUUUUUCGUCGUCUCUCUGGGCGGCGUUCUCAUCGGAAUCGUCUCUGCGUUCGGAUGCGGUCUCGCGACGAAGUUAGUUGGGAUCGGGGGCUACGGUAGACAAGUGGAUCCUUUCAGGUUCACCGAGAACACGCCCGUCAUCUCUGCUCUUUUGGUGUUCGUCGUCGCCUAUUUCGGAUACGUCGUUUCGGAGAUCUUCUCGUUUUCCUCGAUCAUCGCGUAAGACAGACUGAUUAGAGAGGAUUAGAGUUUGCAUAAAAGUGUUCAGAGCGGCGGUGUGCGGAAUGAUGGUCAAACAAUAUCUGGAACGGAAUCUCAGCUCCUCGUGUCUUGAAGCCGUUUCGGUGAUGACGCGGAACUUUGCCAUCUCUUCCGAGUCACUCACCUUCAUGUAAAACUCUGAAACUUGGCCCCAAAACCCCAAAAAUUGCAAUUGGCGCAAAGGUAGAUUCAAAGAAAAUAACGACGCAGUUCAGAUUGUUGGGUCUCGCCACGAUUUCGACGACUCAUCACUGGGACACUCUGUUCGUCGCCUCGACAAUAUUCCUCUGUGUUCUCUUCCGAUUCGUGGCCAUCUUCGGACUGGCCGCCGUACUGCGGAUCGCUCGCAACAAGACGAUUCCGAUGGUGAGUGAGAUAGUUUCAGUUAGCAAAAGACGACUUCAGUAACCGAGACUAAUUGCUCAUUUCCAGAACGAACUGCUCAUAAUGAGUUGCGGGGGUCUGCGCGGAGCGAUCGCCUUCGGAGUGGUGCUCUCGAUGCCGGAUUCGGUGCGCGGCAAGUCGAUGUUCGUCACGGCCACACUCGCAGUCAUUUUCUUCUCGGUCGGCUUGCAAGGAAUGUUCAUUCGACCACUUCUCCGAGUUCUGAAUGUCGAGUUGGACGGCGCGGAAGCUUGGAAACAUGCGGAGAGCAUCGAGAUGUCCUCCGAUGUGCGUCUGGAAGAAUCUGUCAACGUCUCAGUCGAUCAGCAGGCCACUUCAGACCGCUUGGGAUACCACAAGUUCAAAAAAAUGUUCGAUUACGUGAACGAACAAUACCUGUUGCCCGUUUUGACUGCAAAUCGAGGCAACUGA